CCAUGCUCGCCUUGACUGACCACUACAUCUCGAAUCCCACCAAAAAUUGGGGACAGUACUUGUUGGAAUUCCACCAUACGAUAAAUCGUUGCUAAUGUCGUCCUCGUUGUCCUUCCGGUUGUCACGUGGAGUUUUGAGCACAAUAUCACCUCCUAUCCCGCACGCAAAAUCAUGGGGAGUAGGGUAUAAGCCGACAAAAACACGGCCCUUGCUCGACAUGUCGCAAGGUGUUCCAGGAACUCCUCCAUCUAAGGCUCUUCUCGACGCUCUAUCACACUCAUCGUCUUCUCCGGGAUCAUCAGGAUACUGCCAUGUUCUCGGAGAACAUACCCUUCGUUCUGCCUUUGCGGAGGAGAUGAAGACAGUAUACGGACCAGAUAUAGAUGUCACCCAAGACGACAUUGCUAUCACGGCUGGGUGCAAUAUGGCAUUUGUUGCGACUGUGAUGUGUCUUGCUGAUCCAGGAGAUGAGAUUAUUCUGCCAGUUCCAUGGUAUUUCAACCACCAAAUGAGCUUGAAUCUUCUCGGCAUCAAAACAGUUCCACUAUAUACUCGCGCUAAUGAGGGCUUCCUUCCUUCAGCGAGCGACUGCGAGAAGUUAAUCAACCCGCGGACAAAAGCAAUUGCGCUUGUGACUCCAAAUAACCCAACAGGUGCAACUUAUUCUCCAGACUUGCUUUCAAAGUUCGCCGAGCUCGCACAUAAACACAAGAUUGCUCUUGUCCUCGAUGAGACUUACCGGGAUUUUGUGGACAUUAUGCCCCCGCACACCCUUUUCUCUCCAUUUCAGACAGAGGUGUCGAAGUCCUCUUGGUCAUGGAGAUUCAACGUUAUCCAUCUCUUCUCCUUUUCCAAGUCUUACUGCUUCCCUGGACAUCGGCUGGGUUUGAUUGCAGCGUCACCCGACCUCUUGAAACAUGUCACCACCACGCUCGACUGCCUACAAAUAUGUGCACCACGCCCUCCACAAUUAGCUCUUGCUUCUCCAGGCUUGCUACCUAUAUUGCGUCAGUCAAUACAAGCCAGUGCUCGAUCGCUUAAAAUACGCCACAAUAUUUUCCGCACACAUCUCCCUCCCGGUUGGACGAUCGGAUCGCAGGGUGGUUAUUUCGCCUUUGUAAGGCACCCUUUUGUUGGGAUCCCUGCAAUCACACUAUGCCAGCGACUUGCAGAAGAACUCGGCGUUUUAGCCCUUCCCAUACAGUUCUUCUGCGAUGACAGCGUCGAAUCUGAACUCGAGUCACUUGGUCAGUCGAAGAUGGAUUGGGAGCGUUGGAUCAGAUUCUCAGUGGCAAAUGUGAGCGAUGACAUGGUCAAACAAGUAUGUGGGCGACUGCAUGAGUGCGAGCAGCACCUCGGUUUGACAGCAGAGUAGUCCAAAUUAGUUUGUGCUCACAGAUUGGGCCACUUGUUGCCACACAUACUCGAGGUGAUUUUGCCGCGGCAUCUUGAGGACGGCUCAGAAUGAUCCGUAUCCGGCUUGUUGAAAACCCGGUACCUUGCCGUGAUUUGGGUAUGUGUCUGAAUCGCCCAAGCGCUAAGGUACCCGUAUAUGUAUGAGAUGGAGUUUGAGCGCACACGCGAGACAGAUAGGUUGAGUUGAAUCAGAAUGGCCGCUGUAAG